UGAAUCAGUCAGCCUGUGAUGUACAAUAAGUUUAAGCGUUGAAAAUUGUAUGUGAUCGAAAAUGGAUUGGAUUUUAAUUCCAUUGUGUGUUUGGAUCGGAAUGAGCGCUGCAGACCCUGGUGUGACGUAUAAUCAGGAAAUGUCAGCGAAAUGCAAGCAACACAUCUGCAGAUUCGGUUACAACUACGAUACUUACUACCGCAUCGAUUCCAACGACAGGAAGCCUACGGACCCUAAGGUCGCGUUUGAGAUGCAUAUAGCUAUACAAGCCGCUAGUAAUGGACACAUAUUACUGUCGCCAGUCGAACAUCCAAGUUUUUCGGAUUCUGUGUAUGAAUUCGUGGUCGGUGGUGGAGCCAAUACAUUUACAGAACUCCGGCGCAAUUUGAGAAAAAACGCUAAAGCAUCCGCUAAGACCUUUAGAAUCUUGUCCAAUUCUGAAUUAAGAGGAUUCUAUAUUAAGAUCACUAAAGAUGGACAUGUUGAAUUUGGUAGAGAAGGUAAAGUGCCUCCAAUCAUAGACAUCUAUGAUGUGGAUCCAAUAGACGUUAAGUACUUCAGCUUUGCUUCAUGGAAUGGUGUAGAUGCUAGAUUCCUCUAUGAUUGUCCAACUCCCAGCUCUAACGAAAGCACACGAAACUCAACUGAGAUCACACCAAGGCUAUCUAUAUCCGACCAACUUAAGAAGAACAUCUUGACGAAUCGGUUCCCUAGUUUAGCGCCAUCCCAAAACAUGACAGUUGAAAUUGGCACGGUACUCAUCAGCGCAAGAUAUGACUCAUUUGAUGCAAAGCUAUUUACCGACUUGGCCUUUGUUACUAGUUGGAAAGAUAAAAGUGCAGCUUGGGAUCCAGACAAAUACAAUGGGACAACCAGAAUUAAUUUUAGACAAACACAGAUAUGGAGACCGACAUUCCUUGUGUACAAUGCUAACACCUUGGACCCGCUCGACGCGAGUACCGCUGGCCUGAUUGCUAUGGAUUACAGUGGUCAGAAUACGUUCCAUUUUAGGACUAAAGUGGAGUCCUGGUGUGUUGUGGAUGACACCACUGCUUUGAAUAAGUGGCCUUUGGAUAGCUAUGACUGCGUAAUUGUUAUUCGACCAUAUCAAGUUCAUGAGUUAAUAACGCUUAAACUAUUGAAACCGACUGAUGUCAAAAUGAAAUUCUACACUGACAUAGAUAUAAAAGUGAGAAACGAGUGGGAAACAUCGGCUACAUCCCUAGUCUUCUCAUCAGGGCAGUGGGCAAAAUUGCACAACACUACGUUCAAUGACCGAACAGCGAGUGACGUCAUGGUUAUAUACUUGACUAUGCACAGGAGAGCUGUCGCUUAUAAUGUGGCAUUUUAUACUCCGUUGGUCGUUCUCGUCACCUUCCUUCUCAUGUCGUUUUGGACUCAACCAUUGGUCAUGUCCAGGGUUUGGUUCUACUCAGGCUGCGCAGUGACGAUCAGCUUGGGACUGUGCUAUAUAGAGUACAUAAUGCCGUGUCACAAUGUACCUUCCCUGCUGGUGCUGUAUAUAACAGUACUGUUUGGAGUACUGUUCGCUCUGCUGCUACAAGUGGUGUUGAUGACGUCAAUUAUCAGAGCGCUGUGUGAAACGCAACCAAUUCAGAAUCUUCUAACUUCUUACAUGUUUAGGAAGAUAUUUUUAUUAACUCCAAUGACGGUAACAAAGAACUAUGACACAUUAAACGAAGGGUUUUCCUACGAAGGUGAAGAUUCUGAUGUAAUUAUCCCAAGAACUAGCAAUGUGGAAGAGAUGGUGGCUGAUGUGACCACAGAGAAGGCCACAUUCGGAGACCCAGAGGAAUUGGCUGAAGCAUUCGAUAAACUCUUGUUUUUCGUUUACUCUUUGGCGUUUGCUGUCAUGUUAGCGUUACAUUUUUAAUUUGCAAUAAAAUGGACAGAGCUAUCAGUA